AUGUCAGGCGAGAAAAGAGGUAGUAAGAUUCACGUGUUUGUCAUAAAUGAUGUGAAGAAUGAGGAGGGAGAGAAGGAGGAGAAGGAUGAAAAGGAGGAGCUGGACGAUGCGUACAACACGGAUGGUGACACACCGAAUGGAUGCAGUCCCAAUGGUGAGGGCGCCAUCGGGGGAGAUAAACAGAAGGUGAUAAAUUCGAAAAAGAAUAAAAAAAAAGAAAUCAUAAGACACAAAAUGUACCACCCACAGGUCAAAAUUGUGAAAGUGAGUUGUGGAAAAUCCAUCAUUGGGUUCCUCUCAGUAGUGGGCAAAAUAUACUGUUGGCAGCUGAACGAUUUUGACGACUUUGACAAGAAUGUACCCUAUUUGUUGGUAGACUCCGUUUUGAAAAAUAAAAUAAUUCACGAUAAAGACGUGGGAGGGCCUAGCAACCCUGAACAGGUAGACGCCAGAAUGAAAAAGAAAAAACACAAAGUGCACAAAGUGGAUGUAGAAAAUAACAUCGUAAAGUGUGUCUACUCAAGGGAUAGAUAUACCCUGUACCUCACUAUCGACGGGUUCUUGUACGGGUUCGGUUUGAUAAACGAGCAUUUCAUUCAAGGACAGAAAAAUAAAGCAAUGAGGAAAAAAAUAUUAACAAAACCGUAUUUGAUCGAUACAAAUAAUAUAGCUUUUAAAAAAAUCGCCAUUGGAAAUAAUUUCAUCUUAGGAAUCAGUUUUAACAACUCACUCUACUCCUGGGGAGACAACACUAGUGGUGUCUUAGGAUACGAUGACUGUACAGAGUGUCAUGAACCAAAAUUAGUUGACAGCAUCAAAAACGUAACUUAUGUGAGUGCCGGAAAGGUAAGUCUUUGCAAAACGGUGGAAGAAAAUUUGUACAUCUGGGGUGGGACCUAUGGAUAUAAGCCUAGUAUGGUCAAAAAUAAAUUCAGCCAAAUGAUUAUCAACACAAAUUUUAUCAUAGGUUUAUGUGCUAAGAAAAAUAUAUGGGUAAAAAAAAUUGACACCCUUUCCCAUGGGUACUACAUUAAUAAUUUAAAAAUCGACUUACUCUGCUCCUAUGACAAUUUGAUUAUCGGUGUGGAGAAUCAUGUGGAUGGGGAAUUAGAACCCGUUCAUGCAGAUGCAAAGCUAGCCAUUCAGAGUGAGUCCAUAAGGAAAGGAAAAGAUCAAGUUGAAAAUAUUCCCCUGGUGGGAAACCAUUUGGUACAUUUUGCAAAAGCUGCAGGGGACGCAACCAACGAAUCGGCAGAUCAUAUCGAAGAAACACACAACGGUGUCGAAGUGGCUGACGAUGCGUACGACCAUUUGUCUGGUGGAAAUGGCACAAGUGGGGAUGCCCCCCCUCAGCAAGAAGAGGGUGGAAAACAGGAGGGAGGCAAAGGGGUAAGCGAACAGGUAGGCAAAGAGGUAGACAAAGAAGCAGACCCCCAGAAUGACAAUGCCCUUAGCACAGUGCCCACCGCGGGGAAAGUACCCCCCUCAGACGUGAGAAAGGACGUCACCCAAAACUGUGAUGAACAGGGGGGUAAUGAGGAUAGCCCCCCAAAUGAACACCUCACAGGUGAAGAAGGAGAAAAAUCGAGUAACUUCCCCCAGGUAGGUUCAAAGCCAAAUUUCGCCAUGAUGAAUCAAUUCGAGUGUGAAGGGAUGACCAAAAGUGCUUCCCCCAAAGGGGACGAAACAAACGGGUCCGAUUGCAUGGAGACAAAGUCUCACUCACGGAAUUUGAAGGAGAAUACUACCCAUGAGAAGGAACUAGCGGGAAACACCUACCAAAAAUUGAUAGAUGCAGAAACGCAAGAGGAGGAUCACUAUGAUGAUGAGGAGGAGGAGGACCAAUAUGAUGAGGAGGAUCACUAUCAUGAGGAGGAUCACUAUCAUGAGGAGGACCGCUAUCAUGAGGAGGACCACUAUGAUGAGGAGGACCGCUAUCAUGAGGACCGCUAUCAUGAGGAGGAAGAGCGCUUCCUAGCAACCAACUUUUACGGAAAGGCAGAAACGCCCAACCUGAGUGACAUAGGAGGAGGGCUAACCACCAACAGGACAGCUAAAGGAAAGGAAAAAUUGAACUUAAAAUCGGCACUGAAGAAAUUCCCUAGCAGUGAGAGACUUAAAAAGAGCGUCUCCUUUUCUAACUACGUCUACGACUUGGCGAAGAGCAACUACGAGCUGAUGAGCGGGGUGUCCAGCGGCGAGGAGGUGGAAGCGAUGCACGCGGUGAGUGAGGUGGGCACGGUGAACGCGGUAGGCGCGACGAUAGUCCAUGGAACGAGCCAAACGGGCGAGCCUGCCAGCGUAGAUGCAGGGGUGAACGGUGUAGAGGCGAGCGGUGUAGAGGCCAGCAAUGCAGGGGAGAACAGUGCAGGGGCCAGCAAUGCAGGGGAGAACAGUGCAGGGGCCAGCAAUGCAGGGAGAACCCAUCCCCCGGAUGAGGACAUUUUUGUGAACGGUUUUGAAAACAUGCCAAAUGGAAAUCCCUCGGUGGAUAAAUUGAAUAGCCAAUUCAUUUGGGAUGACCCCCAACAGGAAUGUAUAUCUGAGGAGACUUCGAUAAACGAAGAUUUGGACAAGAAUAUCUCGGGACAGACUAGAGAGGGUGGUUGCUCUCCAGUCGAUGAGACUGCAGACCGGAUUGGAAGCGAAGUCAAAAUAAUGCAUGUGGGCAAUCUAGAAAAGGAAGAAGCGUUAAAAGGAGACACAAAAUACGUGUCACCCCUUAUCAAUGACCCUGUUCAAGUUGGACCACUGGAAAAAAUUCCCACCGAGAGUGUCGAGACGAGGUGCACUAACUGGGGAGACAAAGUCGAGGAGGAGCACAGUUAUACCAUAGGGGGACACAAAGGAGGAUUCACAUUCGAAAGAAGGAAGUGCCUUCCGAGUGAAGAUUACGACAUGGAGUGGGGGCUAUCCCAAAGAGGAGCCCCCAUCGAAGGGGUUUUUAAGGAAAAGAAAAAAAACGAGCAGGUAAAAAGAGAGGUCAAUAUAGAGCUGAAUUGCAGCCAGAAGGAGGGGUUCAAGCAAACGGGAGAGUACCACAUCGUUGGUAGUUACUCCAAUGAGAGUUACCAGCACGUUGACGGUCAGCCACCUAAGGCGGAAAUAGUCACUUCGGAGGAGAAAAAUUGGGGAAGUGGGUUCGCCUGGAAUGGAAACAGCGCCAUGUUAAGCGGUUCCACGGUAGGCGGUGCCAUGUUAAGCGGUUCCACGGUAGGCGGUUCCACGGUAGGCGGUUCCACGGUAGGCGGUUCCACGGUAGGCGGUUCCACGGUAGGCGGUUCCACGUUAAGCGGCUUCACAGUAGGCAGCUCCACGGUAAGCGGCUCCACUGUAGGCGGCGCCACAUUAAGAGGGGAGGACACAGCGCAGCUAGCCAAAAGGAAGGACGUAGACAGCUCCUGCGCACAGAACCCAAGUCAACGCAGCCGCAUAGGCACCAGCGCGAAACUGUUCCUACUAAGUGAACACAAAAGUGGGAAAGCAGAUGGGGGAUCCCCUACCCCCACGGUUAGCAUUUCAUUAAAGAAAAAAAACCAACAAAGGAUGAAGCAAAAGCAGCAUACGAUGAAGCAAAAGCAGCAUACGAUGAAGCAAAACCGGCAAAGGAUGAAAACAAAUCAGCCGUGUGCAAAAUGGAAAGCCCUCCAAAAGAGGAAAAAAUUAAAAAUAAAAUACCAUAUAUAUAAAAAAGUAAAAUUUCGGAUUAGAAAAAAAAAGGUGGACGUCCCGAAUGAGAUGAUGAUGAUGCCCCCCCUUGGCACAAAACUAACCCUGCUGCAUCCUCCCCAGGUGGAACGAGAAAAAAUGACCAAACUGAAAAGGAGACCUACCCAGUUGAAGGAAGCAAAGAAGGAGAUUAAUAACGUAGACCCCCCGUCGGUAGAAAGCACUCAUGUAAUUAGGACGAAUGCGAGUGUCCCCUCAAAUAUUUGCCAGUGCUGUGGGGGUCGCUCCCCCCAUAGGGUAAACAUGCAAUUGGUUAAGAAGACAGGCAGUACGCAUAAGAGGGGAGAUCCAGGGGGGAUCACAAUAGAAAAGGGCUGCACAAAGAAGGCUUCCAUAUCGGUGAAUAAAAAAGCAUCAAGCUGUGAUAGCAACCCAUGUGUGGAGGAGAAAAAUACGAAAAAGAGUCAUAACAAUGAUAACGCCACCAAAAUGAAGAUGCACAAAACGGGGAAGAAGCAAGUUUUGUCGAAGGGCAAGGAUAAAUCUGUGUGCAGCAGCAAAAGUUGUGCUUCCAAGGGGGGCGUUCAAAGUGGACCAUUUUGCAUGACCCCUUCAGGUGAAAAUGGCCUAAGUGGGGAAAACAGCCUAAAUGGGGUAACUAGCCUAAGUGGGGAGAAUGACAAAAAUGACAAAAAUGACGAGAAUACAAAUGGCAUACUGGGAUGCUCUGCACAGGAGUGGCAAAACGGUGGGAAGAGUGGAGCAGCCAAAAUGAGGAGAAAUUCCUCCGCGUCGAACAGUUAUACGGAUGUGUGCCAAGACGCAAAUGAAGACACUACCAUGAAAUGCUCCAAAUUGAAAAGGAAUAACUACUUCUCCGACUCGGAGAAAAGAACCACCUCCUCCCAUCAGCCAAACUCAAGCAAUACAUCACAUUUACAUCCCAUCCGAAUACUCUCCAAAAGUGAAUCCUGCACCAGCUGUUAUGAUAAUAGUACAGGUGAGAUAAGAGAGAGAAAAUGGAAAGUGAAUUUGGACUGUAUGAAACAAAUUGGGGAGGUAACAAAGAAUACGAAAAAGGAUGAAGCUUCUUUGCAGUUGAGAUUAGAUCAUCCAGUUGUCCUUUUGGAAAAUCAUUCCGUUAGUAGAGAUAGAAUGGAGAGUUGUGCAGGUAAAAAAUUCUUCCAUGGAAGUUAUCCUACUUUGGAGAAGGACUCCUGUUUGGGUCAACAUUUCCCUUCGGAGAGAGGUGUAAGUUUGAGGGAUGUUAGCUCAUUGGAUGGGGAAGGAUGCACGUCGUUUAAUGGGAGCGUGGGUAGUAAGCUGUGUAGGAAGAUACGGGGUGUGGAAAAGGGUACAAGCAGGUGUCAUAGCGAGGGGGAAAAGGUUAAUCGGGUGUGUAGUGAGGUGGUGAAGAAAAGGAACGAAAAGCAAAGUAGUGACAAGCAAAGGAGUGAGAAGCAAAGGAGUGACAAACAAAGGAGUGACAAGCAAAGGAGUGACAAACAGAGGAGCGACAAACAACGGAGCGACAAACAACGGAGCGACAAACAACGGAGCGACAAACAACGGAGUGAAACACUUCAAUGUGGGAGAAGAACGCAGUCGUCGGGAGAAAGCCAGCUGGCACGACUCGAGUGGACGAGCGAUCAAGACCUCUGUAGCUACCACGGAGGAGACAGUCCGCCCCAAGCAAAUUCACAAAUGGUUCGCCACGAUGAAGCGGAGAAAACACGUGUCGAGGCAGUAGGAACUGUGUGCACGUCCCAAAAGAAGAAAUUGAAAAGGAAGACCAGCGAAGGGGCACUAUGUCUUUAUAGCCGCAGUGGGUCGAAUGCCACAAAGGUGGGAGCCACCAAAGUGGAAGUCCCCAAAGUGGGAGUCCCCAAAGUGGGAGCCACCAAGAAAGGGAAGCAUAAUGAAAGCACAGAAACGUUCACCAUUUCGAGUAAAGAAUCCGUGAGUAACUGCAAUAGGAAGAUUGCCGCACGGAGUGGGUCGAAGGGUAGCAAAAUGAACCAGGCGGGGGAACAAAAAGAAAUUGCUCGCAAUAACGAAGAGGGGAAAAAGAAACAAAAAAAAUAA